AUGAAUAUGUUGGAUGAUGAAGAUGACCAAAGCUUUCACGCUACGCGUGACGGCUACUCCCAUUUGAGCGAUGUCGAAUGGGAUGCGGUUGAACGAAUGGGUUCAACCAUGGGCAUCCAUGCUGUUAGCGUCAUGCUAGAGGCUCUCAAUAGAGAUGCCCAACAUGCUACUAUCGCCAAGUUCAUUCAAAAUGAACUUGACGCUGAACGCGAGAAAGUAGCCUUGCUUCACCAACAAGGCUCUCAACAAGCAGAGUUGUUGAGAGAACAAGGUGCUCAACAGUUUGAACUGUUGAGACAGCAGCAGGCUGCUGCUGGGGAGUCGAAGAAGGCUCCCUAUUGA